AUGUGUUUAUCUUUGCAUGAAUGUAACAGAACAAUUAAUGGAACUGAGAUGAGCUUUACUUGUCCAUCGAUAGUUGGUAGUCAAGAGCUUAGAUUAUAUGAUUUAACUGUUGCUCAAUUGAAUAGUAUUACAUCAUUGAUAGUAACCGGUAAUGAAAAUAUUGUGGGCCCUUUUACACGUAUUCCUGCUAAUAUAUGUUUAUUAAGAAAUUUACAAAAAAUUGAUUUUUCGUAUAAUCAGAUUAUAGAAGCAGAUCCAACAGGAUCAUUAACUCAAUGUUUAACAAAAGUAGUUACACUUAAUCUUACCUCUAAUAAUAUUUCUAACUUUCCAUCGUUUAUGAUAUACAAUAUGCCAAGUUUAAAAAAUCUUUAUUUUCAAGAUAAUCUACUGACUGAAAUACCUGUGAAUGCUUUUACGGACGUAUCAUCAUUAGAAAUAAUCGAUUUUUCAUAUAAUAAUUUAACAACGUUUGAGCUGUGGGCUCUUGAAGUUAAAACAAAAGCAGAUUUUAGUUAUAAUCAAAUUUCUACUAUAACGAAUAAAUAUUUCUUUAAGAAAAUACUGAAUAGAACUAUAGAACAGGGUGUUUAUUUAAGUAACAAUAGUGCAGCAAUAAAUUUUACUGAUGCGGUUUAUGAGAUGUAUAAUCAAUGUGAAGAAGUUUAUCAAUGGUAUUUUAGUAAUAUGGACUUACCAAUGCAGCCGUGGUUUACCUGGAAAUUGGCUUAUAUUGACUUUGGUACCACACGAAUUAAUUGCAGUUGUGAUCAAGCCUAUUUUUUACGUGUAUUUAAAGAUAGUAGCUUUCUUGAAGGGCAAAUUUAUCCGAUACAAAAUGCAAUGUGUUCAAACAAUUCACUAGGUGUUAACGAUACAACUCUCUGGAAUUCGAGUUGUGCUUCACCUAUCUUUGAAACGAAUUCAACUGUCGACUUUUCACAAGUUUAUCCUAAAUUAUGUAAAAUUACGGAAGAUGAAGGUGGUGAACUAACAAACGUAACAGACAUUGGUCCACCAACAUUAAAUGCGUCUUUUUAUCCGAAUUAUACAACAGCAUCAUUGAACCCAGGAGCAUGUUACUUCUCGUUUUCAGACAGUACUUCAAUGAUGAUUAGAUGUACAAAUGACACAUCCAAUUCAGCAUCAAGAAUUCCUACAGAUUUAUUAUCAAGUCCUUACAUGUCCAAUAUAACUCAUAUUACAUUUUCUUCAUCUAUUUCAUCACUUCCCUCAUAUGUUUGUUCAUUACCAUCUGGUGAAAUUGAUUUAAGUUUUCAAGCAUUUACUACACUUAAUGAUACAACAUUUCCAUGUCUCGAUUCAUUUCGUACAAUAAAAUUAUCGUUUAAUCAAUUAACAUCAGUCAAUAUGAAAAAUGGUAAUUUGAAAAACUUAACUUCACUUGAUCUUUCAUCAAAUAAACUUACAUCAUUACCAUAUUCUAUACUUAAUCCUACACCAACAUCAUUACGUUAUCUUGAUUUACGAAAUAAUUCUAUAAAUUAUCUUGAUCUUUUUAUUUAUACACUAAAAAAUAUUACAAUUAAUCUUGAUAAUAAUCCUAUUAAUAGUUCAAAUAUUAUCAAUCCUCAAAAUGUAACAUUAGGAAAUAAUGAUACUUCAACAGUGAAUAUCACGUUUCCUGGAACUGUAAAAAAUAGUACAACUCCUAUUACAGACGAAAUAGCAUUAACUUAUGGUAUAUGUCAAAAUUUUCAAUCAUUACGAAACUAUCUUCUUAAACUUCAAUCAACAGUUAGUCAUGUUGUACUUGUAUGUACAUGUGUAUCAAUAAAUUUAAAACAAAUAUAUCAACAAAAUGGAUAUAAUAUUACAAAUGAUUUUCAGUGUUCAACUGCAGGUGACGAAGAAACUUUUUACGCAUUAAACAUGACUUCUUGUUCAAAUGUUACCGAUUUUAAAUCAGGAUUAUGCGCUGAGCCACCUCCAACUACAGUUGCUCCACCUCUUCAAUCAAAUAAUAAUGAUUCCAAUUCGAGUCGUACCGCAUUAAUUAUUGGCCUGGUUGUUGGAUUAGGUUGUUCCCUUUUACUAGUUGUUGCUAUUCUAGUUGUAAUUUACAUUGUAAAAGCUAAAGGUGCAGUAUCAGGAGUGACAAAACGUGUUGAUCGAGCUCCUGUUACUAGUCAAGCACCUGAAGAUUCUCUCCAAUCUCGUGUACAAUCUAGAAGUUUUCGAUCAGUAAAAUUAGCACCAAUCAUUCAUAAAUCAGCUCCAUUACCUGCAACACCUGUUGCAGCUGUUAUACCUACUACAGCUUCUACAACGGCAUCUCAUACAAAUACUAAAUUACGUUCGUCAUCAAAAGGAAUUUCACUUCGACUUGAUUCUAUCAGAAGUAUUAUUAUGUUGAAUAUUAUGGAUAUUGUUGAAUCAACAUUAGCUACAACUAUAUCUAAUAAUUCAAACAAUAAGUAUUGUGUAGAAAGAUUUUCAAUAACAAGAUGUUAUUUGUUUGGUAUUAUUUGUAUGUUGGCUUAUCUCUUUUUAGCAUUUUCUCUUUUACCUCAAAUUAUUCAUCUAUUUCAUUAUCGUACACGAUAUAUAGCUGGUAUUAGUUAUAUAUGGAUUAUAAUUCGAACAUUGGCUUUAAUUUUCUUAAUAAUAGAGGAUGCUUUUAAAUGGACAUCGAUAUUGAAAUUAAUUGCAUUGAUAUCAACAAUUAUAAUUUUUUUACAAAUCAUUAUAUUUUCAAAUAAUCUUCAUCGACAAAAUAAAAUUAUUUUAAUUUUUAUUAGUUUAUGCAUAUGGAUUAUUGGUUUAAGUUUUAUAAUUUUCUUUGGAAAACAAAAAGAUUUGUUUAUAAAUAUUGGUUAUAUUUUACUUGCUAUACAAAUAUUACCACAAGUUUUACUUAAUUCAUUAUUAAGAACAACGAAAGCUUUAUCAAAAUUUUCAAUAAUUUUUUUAGUGAUAAGUGAUGGACUUUUAUUUUCUAUUGCUCGUACAAAUCAUUCUCAAUUAUUGAAAUUUAUUGCAAUCUAUUAUUCAUUUUCAUGUUUCUUAUUUAUUUUUCAACAAACUAUGAUCUAUAAAGAUAAACAUAUACAUUUAAUAUCUCGUUCAGCACAUGCUAUUCAUACACCAGGUGUUGAUAUAUUUACAGGACUUGAUAUUAAUGGAGUACAAAGUACAGGACAAGAUCCACAAAUGUUUUCAAUUGAAGAUUUCGAACCAAUGGAUGGAAUGAAUGCUGUUUAUCUACCAGUUACAACAAAUGAAUCAUCAAAACAAAUAGUUCAACAAACAUCAAUAGAAAAAUAUGUUUGGUAUGCAAAACUUGGAUGUAUUUUUACUAUUGAAACUAUUGUUACAAUGAUACUUUUCUAUUAUGUUUCGUCUUUAUGGAUAAUAUUUGUUCCUAUUUCUAUUCUUGUCAUCGUUUGUAUCUUCUUUUUAUUACGUACUAGAUUAAGUUCUUCACAAACAGAAAAUUUGAAAAAAAUUUUGUAA